UGAUAAGGAAAAGGAGGGAGAGGGAGAGAGAGAGAGAGAGAGAGAGAGAUAGAAGAGAGAAUGGCACCAGUGGGAUUGCCUCCAGGGUUUAGGUUUCAUCCUACUGAUGAAGAGCUUGUGAAUUAUUAUCUCAAGAGGAAAAUUCAUAGACAAGAGAUUGAACUUGACAUUAUUCCUGAGGUUGAUCUCUACAAAUGUGAGCCUUGGGAGUUAGCAGAAAAAUCAUUCUUGCCAAGCAGAGACCCAGAGUGGUAUUUUUUUGGGCCGAGGGAUAGGAAGUAUCCGAAUGGAUUCAGAACAAACAGAGCAACAAGAGCUGGCUAUUGGAAAUCCACUGGCAAGGAUCGAAGGGUGACUUCACAGAAUAGAGCCAUUGGGAUGAAGAAGACACUGGUUUACUACCGCGGCAGAGCUCCUCAAGGCAUUCGCACCGAUUGGGUUAUGCAUGAAUAUCGCCUUGAUGACAAACAUUCCGAUGAAACCUCCGCAAUUCAGGACUCAUAUGCGUUGUGUCGCGUGUUCAAGAAAAAUGGAGUAUGCUCGGAAAUGGAAGAGCAAGGACAAUGUAGCGGCUUAUCAUCGUCAUCACCAUUGAAUCAUGAGAAUUCUUUGCAAUAUGGAGGUGUCCAAGACUGUGAAACUAUGUCACCAGAUGUUCCAUUAGCAUCAUCAUCCUUGUGCACGGAGGAAGAUGAUUCUUCCUGGAUGCAGUUCAUCACAGACGAUGCAUGGUGUUCUUCCAAUGUUUCCAUUAAUGGCUCUGAAGACUUCUGACAAGUCGCUCCGGCAUUCAUUCUUAAACUAUAUUGAAUUAAACUAAACUACAUGCUAGGAACCAAGAAAGCAAUACUCAGAUACAGAAAAAUAAUCACUUGGGUUAGUUUUUGAAAAUUGUUUUUGGGUUUUUUUUUUAGAGUAAUUUUUUUAUAUUUUAGUCAAUUUUUUUUUUUUAAAAAAACUUUU